GAUAGGAUAUGUGUUCGUAUUUGCUCCAAUGAAACUCUGGGAAGCUGCGCCUGACUGUUAUUUUGUUUACAAUUAAGGAUGUAUCGUGACACACAACAAAAUACAAAAUCGGUUUAACAGUAGGAAAGGAGAUUGAUUAAGCACAAAUAAGUAGUGUUAUUGCUACAAUUCUGUGUUUCAAUUUCACGAUAUUGCGCUAUGAACGAAUGAACUUUUAUUCAGAAUUAACUAGACGGACUGAGGCAUUCGCAAUUCGGAAUGCUCCGUUACUCUUCAUUUUCCUCUGUUAAUUUACUAUAUUUAUUCGUGCAAUGUCUGAAACUUCCACUGAAAUUGAUUAGUCUGGUUUUGCGAUUUGUUUACGUUUGCACAGAUUCAUUAAUUCAUAAACGAUAAACAAAUGUGCAUUUCCUCCAUAUUAAGCUACACACAGCACUUACCCGUUGUGUUUAUGGGAAUAUAGACCUCGCGAUAAGUAUUUACUACUUUAUAUCUGCGAAGGAUGGAUUCAAUGAUUAUGGAUUCGUCUUCGUUUUGUGAUCGCUUUGGAAAGCUUGAAACAAAGAUUCACGACCUACAAGAAAAAUUGCAUUAUGUUCAACGUACCGCUUGCUUUGAUCUCCACUUAAUUACGGAUAAACAUGAUAAUCUUGAAGUCGCCUUGAGACGUAUAAUUCAUGAGCUGAGGUCCUUUUCUAAAUAUAAUAAGAAGUACAUGACUGUGGUUGAGGGUCUUUUACUUGUUUGUUCUGAUCAAAUAUCAAAAUCAAAGUUUGAUAAAAUUCGGUAUUACAAACAUAAGAUGAAAUUUCAUAAAAAUGAAAUUGAUCAGACAAUGGAAGAAGUUACUUUUCAUCCUAUGGAUCCUAUCCGUUUAAGAAAUGGAACUAAAUACAUCACUGAAUUUGGUGAUGUACUUAAGCUUCUCAAGCGUCAUCUUCUUCACUCCUUAAAUGCAUCACCGUCAUAUUCGUCGGCCUCUUCCUCAAGCUUUCAGCUGGAUAGUGACUCUUCUUCUGGUGACCACCAGAGCCCAUCCUCUAGCUAUUUAACAGCUUCAAACUCGAGUUUAGUACGUUUAAAAAUCCCUAAAACAACGAGUCAGGAUGAGAAGCAGACUUCUCCGGUGUCGACAAAGGAGACUAAAGAGUGUGAUAAGAAGUCUCCUCAGCUUAAAAAUUAUGUUCGAGAACAGUACGAGCCUUCGAUUACUGAGUUUUCAGAUUUACAAGGUCGCCAACAAAACGUUUUUGAUUUACAGAGUGAAGACCAAGCUCAAUUAAGUUCGUCCGCUAAAUCAAACGAUUCGCCUGUAAAGGUGAAGUCGCAAGAACGAUUGCCAAGCAGAGUUCCAAUCAGAAAUCAAAGUCCUUCAAAUAAGAGAUCCAAUUUACCUACAAAAGCGCCUUCAUCUCCUUCAGCUUCCUCAAGCCUUGGUGAAGCUUCUCUUUUACCUGUUGCAGUUCACAAAGCAAAGAUUGAGGUGAAACCAGUAUCCCUUGGUGUCUCUCUACAGCGAGCAAAAGAGUAUUCUGCAAAUUUGAAACUUAAUACGAAGAGCUCAAUCGGGGCGGAUAUUAACACGCAUACGUCUAAUAUUUUAGGUACUCCAUCUGAACCUCGUACGGUGUCAUUCUCUCGACUCUCGAAACUUGUCUCUUUCAAUCCCCGCCAAGCGCUUGUACAGCAGCAGAAAUCACCUUGGAGCCUCAACUUGAAGAAAAACUUAUCACUAAAUGGAAGCCAUAGCAGCUCCUCCAAGAGUAGUAUGGUGAGGGUCUCCAAAGGUGAAUUAACCACGGAAUCCAUUUCAAACAUAAGUGCCCUCAAAAUGUCUCCAGCUGACUUAAAAUCACCCGAGUGUGACAAUUCUACUAGUUCCCGGCUUCAACAACGGGACCCGAUUGAUUCAGUUAAUUGCUAUUCUGGGAAUCUAAAACGGCCUCGGGAACGACAAUCAAAAAUAUCAUGUCAAAGUUCUGACAACGUGAAUAAUCCUGCAACUGUUACUCCGUCUACUGUUGAAAUGGUUGAUUCCAAAAUCAACUGGAAGCCAAAUGAGAUUUUACAACAAAGCACUAUGAUAUUAUCAUCUCAACAUAAUGAAUGUGAUUCGAUCGAUACAGAAGGCAUGACAAUGAGUGAAACUCAUCCAGCUGAGAUUAGUGGUACUGAAUGGCAUAAUUUAGACAACGCCUCUGCAAAAAGGAACAUAUCGAAUACUCAAGGCAUGUCGUGUCUUAAAUCAUCGUCAAAAUGUACCUCUGAUUUUUGUCAGCAAGACAGUGUAUCUUUUGUCAAUGAGCCAUCAGUCCAGCAUUCAACCAGCGUACAUGGUUCUUUCGUCAAAAACAUGAAUGAAGAAACAGACAUAACCAACGUAAUCUUGCAGGCGUUGGAAACCAAAUCCUCUGCUAAAAAAAACCCAAAAAACAACUUUACAAAUCCUAAUAGUUCAAGUCUUAAAUGUGGACAUCGUUCUUUAUUUGGAACCAAUCAUAAUGAUAAAGCAAGCUUGGUCAGUACCCCAGGAACCCAAAUGAGCAAUAUUGAGCAAGAAUCUUUGCUCCGUGGAUUUUCUGCUAUUUCACAAAUUGAACAAUUAAGGAAGGAAUUGCCAGAUGUUCCCUCAGAAAGCAUUAUUAACAUGUCGGACUUGCCCGUUUCUAACAUUUCGUUUUUAAAAGACUCCUCCGACUUUACCAAUUUACACCUUUGUACGCCUACUCCUGCUGCUAGGCCUUCUGCAAACGAACGCAGGGUGCUAAGCGGUCCUUCCACAUCAAAGGUCAAUGACUCAAGCAUUUCAAAGCAUUCUCCUAAUUCACAUAAGCCCUCUUCAUCCCCCACAGAAAACCGCUUCGUGUCUUCAAAUCAUGACUUACUCUCUACGUCUGUUAAAAAAAUGGCAAAUUCUUCUCCACAUCUUGACGCAAUACAAAACCAAAGCUCGCUCUCUCCUCCUCAACCCAUCUGUUUAGGCCCUCAAACGAGCCUGAAUACUGCCGAAAUAUUCUCCAACCUUACGCAAGACAUUGCUCCUACCGGGCACAAACAAGACAACUCUAAUGCAUCGGUUGCAAGGCCAAUGAAAACACCACUGAAACCGGCCCUUGUGCGGUCGCCGAAUUCUUGUCAUGGUUUUGUUUCGAGUGCUGGACGGCGCGCAGCUAUCGCUCAAUUGUCUCUAAAAUAUCUGCACCCUUCAACUCUGACAGGAAAUGAAAAUUCGCCAUGUGCCCUUGAUAAUUUAACACCGCAUAAGCGCAAAAAGAUUGUGCGGUUUCAAGCUCCCAAAUUAUCGCCUGGCCCUCACUACGUUCAGCUGCCAGAAACACCCGCUGAAGUGGAAACGAAGAGUCAGUUUGUUAAAAACCUUGCUAAAUUUGACAUUAUGACACUGCCAUCUGAAAGCGAUACUAGCAGCUCAAAUACGUUUAGGAAGACGCCAUUAAGAGAUCCUGGUUACAUUGGUUGCAGUUAUCCACAUUACACAUACGAUGAGACUAAAAGUUCGGAAGCCAAAAAAUGCCUCUCCCUCUGUGAAUCGGGGAUGUGUAUGACAAAGUACAAGACUAUAUCUCGAAAUGUUGCUCAAUCAAAGUUUGCGUUUCGUCGGGACAUAGCCGUGUCCAAGCGAAUGGCGGGAUCCGAUCGAUUUGUAUGGGUUGAUUCGUCUACGAAAAAAAUAUUUUGGUCAGCAAGUUCCGACAGAAAAGAUCCGAAGAGUGCUGAACUGCGAGCUAUUUUGGAAAUGAAGGAUGCGAAAACCGUGAUCGUGAUUUUUGGAGAUAAGGAAGUGAUUCGUUUGGAAGCAAAAACUGAGACGGAUCAUAAGAACUGGAUGGAAGCGUUACGAUAUAUUGCACCAGGACAUUUUAUUCCGACGAUGAAUGUAUAUCACAAGCCAACUCUGAUACAGCGUUGGCUAGCACCGGCGCCUAUUCAACCUAGUGUUCCCGAAAAAUAAGUUUUGUAUUAUUAACGAUUAUUAUUAAUGAAUAACAUUCUAAGAUCAUAAACACUGAUACACUAGCUUACUGUGUUUUGCUAAAGACCCCCAAAUUGCCGAUUUCCCAUGCUUCUCCUCACCAAGUGUGUAACGUAAGGGUGACACCUAUAAGUAGACACAAGAGUAAGUACAGACGUACUUACUUAC